GUUCUUCUUGGCUCAGCAUCACAGAGCUUCCUGACAACAGAUGUGAGAGACUCAGGUCACUUUCACACCAGAGCUGUUUGAUCCACUUUAUACGGACCAGAGUUUGUUUCCGUGGAUGGUCUGCUUCAUUUGGAUGCCAUCACGUAUUUGAUCCUCACAGCCUCCAUUAUCAGGCAUUACCAUGGCAGCACAGAACUCUAAAAUCUCCUCAAACUAUGAAGACAUCAUCUCCAGAAGUAUUCAGAUCUCUUCAGGAUCUCCUUCUAUCUACCAGCUGAAGCCAAAGAAAAAAGAGUUUGGAACUCUGAUUAAAAUGACUGUUGGAGUAAGAAAUCUGAACAAGACCAAUAGAACCAUCUUACUGGUUGGAGAAUCAGGAGCAGGAAAAUCUACUCUGAUCAACUCUCUGGUCAACUACACCAUGGGAGUGAAGUUUGAGGAUGAAGUCUGGUUUCAGAUCAUAGAGGAGGAGGAAAGAAGUCAAGCAGAAAGUCAGACAUCAGAUGUGAUCGUAUACGAGAUCUUUGGUUUUGAAGAUAAAACUCUGCCCUACUCUCUGACCAUCAUCGAUACUCCUGGAUAUGGAGACACCAGAGGGAUUGAACGUGAUCUCAUCAUCAGUCAAAGAUUAUUUGACUUGUUUAGAUCAGAGGAUGGAAUUCAUGAAAUUAAUGCAGUGGGUCUGGUGAUGAAGGCCAGUGAUAAUCGACUGAAUGACCGACUGUCAUACAUCUUUAAUUCAGUCAUGUCUCUGUUUGGAGAAGACCUGGAGAAGAAAAUCAUCACUCUGAUGACACACUCAGAUGGAAGAAAACCUAAAAAUGUUGUUCAAGCUCUUGAAGAUGCAAAAAUUAAAUGUGCAACAAAUGAGAUGAAUCAACCUGUUCACUUCUUGUUUAAUAACUGUCAGAGUGAAGACAGAACAGAGGAAGAAGAAGAAGAAAACCUCCAAAGUGCUGAUAAAAUAUCAGUGAGAGGAAUGAGAGCGUUCACUACUUUUCUGGAAAAAACUGCUCCACAGAAACUGAUGAAAACUGUGGAUGUUCUGAAUGAACGUAUCAGACUGACAGCCUGCAUCCCAAACCUGGAAGAGAGAAUCAAACUGACUGAAAUGAAACAGAAUGAGAUCAACCAGAUCGAAGAAAAACUGAAGAAACACAAAGAAGAGAUGAAGAAGAAUAAAAAGUUCACUGUAGAAGUUGAUGAGGUCCACAAAGAAAAACAACGUAUUGGUGGUGGGAUGUGGGGGUUGAUGUUUCAUAAAGGAGCUGUCUGUUGUACUGUCUGUGAGGAGAACUGUCACUAUCCUGGAUGCACAAUGGCCAGGAAACCUGAACAAUGUGAGGUCAUGUAUAAAGGUCACUGUACUGUUUGUACCAACAAGUGUCCUGUAACAGAUCAUGUGAAAGAAAAGUGGAAAUAUGUGACCAAGACGAGGAAAGUUCAGAAAACUGAAGAAGAAAUAAAACAGAAGUAUGAGAAGAAUAAAUCAAAGCAUGAGAAUAAGUUGAGCCUUUUGGAAAAUCUUGAGAAAGAAAUGAACCAACUGAGAUCAGAGAAGUCCCAGCUCCUGGAUGCGGCCUACCAACAUGUUGUCAAGCUGGAGCAGAUCGCCUUGAAUGUUGAUUCAGUGUCUACUUAUGUCCACUUGGACUUUCUGAUUGAGAAGAUGAAGGAGGGAGGAGACAGAGAGAAGGUCCAGAAACUGGAGGAGAUGAAAAACACAGAGGAUGAAGGAACCAGAGCAGCACUGAAAUACAUGAAGACUAAACAGGAUCUGGAAAAUAAGUUAGAUGACUUAGUACUGUAGAUGAUCAUCAUGAUUGUGAUCUUUUAGCUGAUCUGAUCUUUAAACAUGAAUCAGCUGUUUGGUUGUGAUUGUGUUCAGUGUAAUAUCCAGUUGAUAUUUCCUAUCAGAAACAUGGUGGAGGAAGUAUUCAGAUCAUUGACUUCAGUCAAAGUACCAACACCAACAUAUUAGUAGUGUUAUCAGUUGUCAGUAAAAUGUAGUUCAUGUAUCAGCAGUAAAAGUAUUCCAUGAGGAAAAUGUUGUAUCAGUGUGAUAUGAUUGUGUCUCCUAUUCCUGGCUUGUUGUUGUCAUUCUAAUCAGUUUGUACAGAGGAUGUUACUCACACUGAACUCAGACACAGUGGAGAAAUCUUCUGCUGAGCUGGAGCUCCAUCCAACUUUCACACUUGAGUGUUUUUGAAGAGAACAGUCCUGAAAUCUGAUGUUCUUUGAUUUGAUUCAUACCUUGGAUUCUUCAUGUCUUCAUGUUGGAAUGACUAGUUGGAAUAUUUCAAAUAAAUUAGUGGAAACAUUUGGAUAAUUUUAUGUUACAUUAUGGAGUCGACAUAGUCUUUGCCGCAGGUCUAAAUAGAACAUGGAAGUGUAUUUUGUUAUUAUUUUAAUUUGUUCAGAUGCCUAUGAAAUGGACACAACAGCUCCACAUUAACAGCUCAUAGACAAUGGUGACAAGGCUUGUAUCAUUAAUUUAUGACAUUUUAAAACCUAAGUGACCCUUUGUGAUCGAAGCAGAGAGCAAAUCCCUCCUCCACAACAUGAUGGGAAAAGGAGACCAAUGGAAUUGUUUAGUUAAUUUGUUAAAAAUAUAAAUCUUAAGGUGAGAGAUGGCAGACAAACAUACAUUUUUUUCACCCUUUGAUCAGUUUUGAGAUUUUUUGCUAUUUUACUUCAUUAAAAUUUCUUCUAUUCUUUCUCUCUAUUCUUCUAUUUUUUUUGUUUGUUUUUUAAAAAAAAGCAGUCAAAAUGCACAUUAGGUAUUCAUUCCACUUCACUUUGUACAUGUUGCGCCUCUAAUUUAUUCCUAAAUGCACAGUCAACAGUCAACUUUCUAAGCUGAUGAGUAGCACUGUGAUCCUUGUCUCUACCCCGGCAUAUAAGGUAUCAUUUUGAAUGUCUUUUUCUCCUACCGGCCCUACUAUGGUCAUAUCCUUUGUAUGGGCAACCAAUCGUGAAAGAAGAAAGGCCGAUCUAAGCUAAACUCGCACUCUCAUUGGUUGGUGUCGAUUUCUGACAACGUGAUUCAUUCAAAAGCAUCAUGUGUGGAUAUUCUGCUGGUCAGUGUUUAUCUGCAAGAGACAUUUAAAAUGCAGUGAAGUCUUCUCUAAGAACAAAAUUACAGCUAAAAUUAUUAAAAAGAGUUAAAGAAAAUUCAUCAUUAAGAGCCUGAUUUAUAUAACAUUCCAAAAACAUGGCAAAAAUUGAUUUAUUUGGACUUGUUGCCAGUAUUUUGUGAUUAAUGUAAAGAUAAAAAGAGAUAUCCAAAAUUCCCUUUGUAAAUACCUGGAAAUCUAAUAUGUUAACAAAAUGAAACUAUAUUAUUAACUAUAUUAUUUAGAUUUCUGUCCUGAAAAUGUAUGAAAAUUACCUCAUAUUUAAGUAGAUAUCUCCUUAUUUGCAUAUUUCAAUAUGAAUUCUCAGAAAACUUGUCAUUCAAAAAAUAUUGUAUUUAUGUCAGUGAUCAACUGGAGAAGUUUCAUGGUGAUAUCUAUUAAUUAAAAAUUGUACCCUAUUCAACUGUAGUGCCUUGCCUUAAUCUAAAAGGAAUGACCAGAUGGAAUAUUUCAGAUGUCUCAGGCUGAGUGGAAACAUUUGGAUCAUUUUAUAUGGUUAUUUUUUUUAAUUCACUAUAUUCUGUUGUUCACAUUCAAUCGUCUCCUGGUUGAAGCAGUUUUCUGUGAAUCUUGAAUAAAAUCUCUGCUUCAUGAAA